AUGACUCGAAUGGGACGAAAUGAAAGAAGUCUGAAACCAUUACCUUUGCCAAAUAGAGAUUUCACAUUGAAAAGGCACGGUGAAAAGGAGUUGCUCGUAAGGAAUGAAAUUCGGUGGAAAAGUUAUGCAAACAUUCCUCCUUUAAUAUUUACUAAGUAUGACCCUUCAAUUCAUGCAAUCAUCAACAGUUCAAAAACAUGUCAAUGGAUUCUUUGGAAUGAAAAUUUAUUGUCUCGUGAAGUCAAAUCAAAAGAUGAAUGUGCACAGUAA